CCGCUUUAGUUGUUGUUGGUUUUGUUGUUUGUUGUUAUCUCUCAUUUGAAUUCUUUGAAAACAUGAGUGUACCUACAGAACUUUCCCUAGAAGCUGUGAAGAAAUUUAUGUUGGAAAAUGGAGGAAAAGUUACUAAUCACGACCUUGUGAAGCAUUUUAAACAAUUCCUCACGAAUCCUGUCAAUCGAGUGGAAGCCCGAGAACAUUUUAAAGAAAUAGUUAAUGUUGUAGCAACGAUUCGCACAGAAGAGGGAGAAAAGUUUCUUGUCCUUAAAAAGAAGUAUCGGGAACCAGAAAACUAUGAGUCAUCGCUCCUCCCUUCCUUCCCAACAUCACCUGUCCCUUCAGAAAGUUUGUCCCUUAAUCCAAACUAUGAGUCUGUUUGCUCGUUUUCCCCUCUACAAUAUAGUCACUUGGCUACUAGUAAUACAAGUUUAUAUACUUCUCCAUCACAACCCUACUCACAAUCUCCAGACCCCAUGUCACCUUCUCGUGCUCCACCACCAUAUAGAGCUCCCCCACCUCCAGUUGUAUCUCCAACUAGAGGACCUCCGCCAGCUCCUCACAUUUUGAUGCCUCCACCUCCUCCACCAUCGAACAAAGGUCGUCCUCCUCCAAUUACGGCCUUGCUCUCAGAAGAAGCUGCAACUGCGGAACUUGCCAGACAGUCUAGUAUUGACUCCAUUGAUGGGGCUGAUGACCCUUCCACUGCGCCACCUGUUCCACCACGGAGGAAAAGCAGUGUCAAGUCUCUCAAGAUGGAUAGCAACAAGGAGAACUGUUCAGAAAAUCUGUCAGACCCUAAGAAACGGCCUAAAAGUGAUGAUUUUGAUUCCAAAAGGAAUUCGCUUGCCGAGUCGGAGGCUGAGCACAAGAUCAGCGUGCGCGACGCUAUGCAGAAGUUCAACCGGCUGGCGUCCGAGAACGAGCUGCAACGAGCGCACCCCCCGUCCAGAAAGAAGCCUGACAAGCAGGCGGCCGGCGCCCGGACGGUGCCUGAGGACGACGCCGUGUCGGUGACGCUGCUCGACCCCAAGUCCCGCGAGUGGCUGGUCCGCGCGUCGCAGUGCGACUACCAGUCGCUGCACAAGCUGUCCGCCGAGAACCCCCGCCUGGCCACGUUCAAGGACCCCACCUCCACGGCGCUGCACUGGGCUGCGAAGCACGGCAAUGAGGACGUCAUCAAGCUGAUCGCGGGGACGCACCAGGCCGACGUCAACGUCCGCUCCGGCUACACUCCGCUGCACAUCGCCAUGCAGUUCGGCCACGAAGACAUCCACAACCUCCUGGUGCAAGUCUACAGCGCGGAUCCCAACGUGCGCGACUGGAGCGGGCGCAAGCCCCGGCAGUAUCAGAUGAACCAGGGCACGUCGGUGUCGGCGGACACGUUCCGCAAAAUAAAGGCAAAGAAGAAACAUGCAGAAAAGGAUUCAGGAUUUUUGAGGAUUGGUUCUUUGAAUGUGAGAGUGAAGAGGACAACUGAAGCAUUCAGCAACUUUCUUGGUGUUGGACAGCAAAACACAGAGAAAAUUCAUAAAAACUGGGGAUCUGCAGAUAAUGUACAGCAAGUACAGGGUGACAGAAGAAUGAUGCCCCCACCUCAAUUUGCUCCAAUCAAAAAGAGGAAGUCUAAACGAGCCCAAGAUUUUGCAACAUCUCACAGUACACCUAGUACCCCUUCUCAACCUAGAGCGAGUAUUAUGGAAAAUGAAAGAGACUCGGACUCAGAUACAGCUGCUGGGUUUGAUUCCAACUGGCAGAAUGUUCUUUAAUUUGGUAGCACCCAUCCAUCCUACAAAUAAUUUAUAUAUGUAACUUAUAUAAGAUAAAUAACAAAGAUCAAUUUGUAGUCUGUUAAAAGCUUAAAUUUUUUGUUAUGUGGAAAUAUUUUAGUACUGAUAUCUGAUCAAUUAAGCUAUAUGUGGGUAUGAAUUUCUUUCUCUUCUUCUGAACUUGUCAAUGUAUUAUUUUGUUGGUUUGAGGCAUGAGGCCAAGUAUAAGGACUUUUCUUAGCUCAAUGUGAUAUACCAUAAGUUUUCUGAUUCCUUUUUUUUUUUUACUCGUUCUUUACCACCACCUGCACCUACUCAGUGGUAGAAGAACGAGUAUUGAUCUCAGUGCGAUGUCACGCGUAACGCUAUUCAUGCUCGGAGUACAGAAUAUGUACACUUAUGAUACUUGUACCAUUCGAAACUGGGAAUGUUGUAGGCGUGACCAACAAUGGACCUUUUUUCAAGUUUGACACUACUUUUUUGAGAACUCUUAACAAAAUUCGCCGGUUUUCGUUCUAAGUCGAUAGACCCGUGCCGCACAACGAAUCUUCAUCUUGGAACACGAAGCGCAUACAGACAUGACAAUACUACAUUCGAAACUUCGUUUGCUAGUAUUACUGGAAGCAAUGAAGAUUGUUUUGGUCUAAUAGCAAAAUUUUGAGAACUCUUAACAGAUUUCACAAGUUUUCAGUCUAAGUCCCGUCUGCCGAUGUUGCUUCUGCUAUUAUGCCGCCAACUGUAGAUUCAUAUUCAUUUUGGUUUUCACGGAACGCGCAUCUUUUUGAAAGCGCCGACUUUUGCAACAAUGCUCUUGUCUUGUGACCUGAAGGGAAUACCGAGAAUAGCGCCUGUUUUAGCCUUCUUUUUAAUUUCGUUAUCAUCCAGUUUCAUAUGGUACAUGUUUAAUAAUAAUAUACAUUCUCAGAGAAACGUGACACAUGUUGACAGAACACUCGUUGAUUCUACAACCAUAUAGAUGUAAAGCAACUGAGCACUGAAAGGGUCUCUGUAAAGAACGAGUACCAGUAUUCACACAAAAUUAAUUUUGUGUUUUCUUUCCUCCUUGUUUUUUUUUUUU